AUGAGCUCCCAAAGACGAACAGGUGGCGGCACAUCGAAUGUACUACAAUCUCCGCGACAGACGAAGGAGAAGACAUACCACGACGCACAAUCCGAACGACUCGAUGCAACACUGGCGUUCUACAUCAGCGGCGCGCUAAGCGCCGGAGAAUCAAAGUUCGCUGGCUUGGAAGACAUGCAUGGGAGACACGGUCAUCCAGUUGAGUGGUGGAAGGACUAUUACCUCAUUCACCAGACGCGGCUGGACGCUCUAGUUGCCACGGUCAACCGCCGUGCCUUCCCGACUAGCACCGCUACCACUCAGGCUAAUGCGGGGUCAUCAAAGCCCUCCGCUAGUGCCCCUAUUCGCAAGCGACGCCGAACGCCGCCUCCAGUAGCAUCCGGGUCCAACACCACAGGGUUCGCCGACGACACUCAGGAAAGCUCGUCCGGUCGUCCUCUCAAAGCCUCGCGUCGUGUCAGAGAAAGCGGCGAGAUUUCAUCCGGUCGGCGUACCAGUCAAGGCGGCUCGGCGCCGGUGAGCGAAGCGCAAGGAUCCAGGACAGACCUCGUCAUACCUUCCACAUUACCAUCCGAACCUCCUCAGCCAUCCACGCGAUCCGUGGCGCUCCAGUCAGGGAAGAACAGCUACACGCCCGAAGACAUCUCUUUAUUCAUAAACACAAUUCUCUGGCACGCGAAGUCUGACCCCGAGGCUAGCUUGAAGACACUGAAAAAGGACAUCUUGCUCGAUGUAGCUGCUAAGGCUACUCAUCACUCGCACGGCUCUUGGGCUGCGUACUGGAGUUUACACAAGGCCGACGACGUUUUGGAGGAAGGUAUACGCAUGGCCGAGUUAGAGACGGCUACUCGCCGCGAUACUUCCAGGAUAGUGAAGAACGAGGUUUGGGAAUAA